UCAUGGUAAUCUGUCAUAUCGAUUGGGAGUUUUUUGUGGUGCAAAAAUGGUGUUAAACUUUUAGUGAAAAUCAGUGGGAAAAAGUGCAGAAAAUGCCAGAAAAGUGCAGUGAGUGAGUAGCUAAGGAGUUUGGCGUGUUAUUUGGCCAGUUAGUUGCAAUAUCCCAAAGGGGGAUAGGUGAUUUUUUAGCCAGAAAAGUUGGAGUGUGAGAAGCUGAGAAAAUGGGUGACUGGGAACCUCUUGCAGAAAUUUAUCUGUCACAUCCUCUGGCCAAAGACAAGGAAAAUUACACUUUCUGCCUCUGCAGCCGUGUAUUUAUCAAGAACUACCAUGACAUCUUUGCAUCGACGUUGGACAAAGAGGAGAUCAGCGAAGGAGAUGAUGUAUUCGAUAUCAAUGCACAAGUCCACUUUUCCCAAGAAACUCCCAAAUCCUCGACCAAGAACAGUCAAGAUGAUCAGGAUGCAGAUGCCAAUUCCUGCUACCACAGCGCUAGUGCAUCCCAUACCGAUAACUACUGCAGCACUGAUGAACAUGAGCAUAUCUUCACCACAACUGCCAAUGUGGGCUUGCAUUCCUCGGAUAGUGGAGCUGAUCUCUCGGAAUACUACUUUGAGCGUAUAAAAUCCACCCCAAAAGCCACAGAAACUAUCCCCAUAGCCAAAACUUCCCACGAAGAGGUUCCCGAGGGAGUCAUUCAUAGUGAUCGGAAUUCUCUUCCGGAUGUAUUUGGGACGGAAGAACUCAAUGAUUCGUGGGAAAAAUAUUGGGCUGGAAAUGGGGAGAGGUUGAUUUGGGCAUCGUGGAUUGAAAAGUACAGUGAUUAUAUCAAUCCAGACUACAAGGGGAUGAUUCCGGAGGGUGAAGAACCGGGAAAGUUUGUUUUUGACAGGAUGGAUGAAGAGGAGGAGAUUGGAAAUUUGACUGGGACUGAGAUAGUUAUAUCCACAUGUUCCCAACCGGAGGCGGCGGAAGGGGGUCCUCCACAGAUGGAAGAGGGCUGGAAUCCACUGUCACCUACGAGUAUCGAUGACACGUGGAACACGUACAGAGCCACCACAUCAGAGGUGGACAAUCUCCUGAGUCCGAGAUGUGAAAGUGUGACUUCCAGCAUCCCGUUGACUAUAGGUACGACGGAUUCCAUGACGAAUGUCACCCGGAUGACCAUCUCCAGCUAUGAUUUCUGCAGUAGUCGCGUGAGUUCUGAGAGUUCUCAAUCUGGCACUGGAAAUUCCCCAGGAGAGGAAGAUGACAGUGAUGCAGUAUCUUCGGAAACUUCUUCCUCACAAUUCUACGACACAGCCAUCGAUCGAGCUGAAAAGUCCCAGGAAGAUGAUGCUACGAUGGAUGUUGACAGCUACUGGCAAAUUUUGUGGCAAAAACACUUCCAGGAGCAAUAUGCCCGGCACUAUAAUCUCUUCAUGGAAGAGAGGAAGCAGCAACAGGAGAAAUCCCGUCAUUGGAAUCUCAGUUGCAGUCUGUCUGGGGAGAAGACUACCUUUGGGAAGAAACGUUCUGAUCAAGAGGGUGAAGAUCUCACAGCUCAGACUAAGAUUAAUAAACGCAAGCGUGGAAGGCGUCAAGAAUCUGAAGCACUUCCUGGAUUAGUGGCCAAUCUCAAGAUAAAUCGAGCUGCUGGAGGUGGAGAAGAAGCUGGGACUUCCACCAAUAAUGCGGAUAGUCAGAAUGUUGAAGGCGUUUCAACUGAUGAUCUAGCAGCUUUGGGACUUCCGACGGCUUUUGGAAAGCCCAAGGGAGCAACAAAAAAGCAAGGAUCAGGAGAUGGCAAAAAGCCACCAAAUGAACGGUCGACAAACUUAAAGAGGAGUCAUGAGAGUGAUCCUGAAGAAUCCAGUGCAGAUCGGAUUAAGGCAGCUUUCAGUCUCAUGGGAUACGCUUUUGAGGAUACUCAAAGCAAUCCAGACACAGCUGGAAAUAUCAAUAUGAACGGUGAAGUAGUUUAUCGGAAGAAGCAUAUAAGAUUGCACAACAGAGCGCUCAAGAUGAAGAUGACCACAAGGCCAAAGCACAUCUACUUCGACGAUGAGGGCAAUCAGGUUCCAAGUGUCCAACAACAUCCACCAGAAGCUCCCGUAACGCUGCAUUCUUCCUCAGAUGAUGAUUCUCAUACGGCCAUUUUGCCUAGAGGAGUUCAGCAGAUUCCAGCUGCAGCUGCAAAAGUGACGGAAUCUCCGGAUGAUCCGGAUGGAGAUCAGAAGAUGGAACAGGAGACACAGAAGGAGAAGAAAGAAAAGAAGAAGAAGCGUAAGAGUAAGAUCGCAGCGGGACUACCAACGGAGAUCAUCAACGACAAAUCACUGCUGAAGUACUGGUACAAGCGCUUCUCUCUCUUCUCACUGUUCGAUCAGGGCAUCCGUAUGGACAGAGAGAGUUGGUUCUCUGUAACUCCGGAAAAGGUUGCUUCGCACAUUGCUGAACGCUGUCGAUGCGAUCUUCUCGUGGAUGGUUUUUGUGGCGUUGGCGGGAAUACCAUUCAGUUUGCCAUGACUUGCUGCAAAGUAAUUGCCAUCGACAUUGAUCCCAAGAAGAUCGAAAUGGCCAAGCACAAUGCAGCAGUUUACGGAGUUCAGGAUCGCAUUGAAUUCAUUGUCGGAGACUUUGUAGCCCUGGUGGACACCCUUAAAGCGGACGUUGUCUUUCUAAGUCCUCCAUGGGGAGGUCCUCAGUAUUCAAAGGAGGAAACUUACGAUCUCGAAAAGUCUCUCAUUCCAUUACCAGCAUCUGAGCUGUUUGCAAAGUGUCAGAAAAUCACAGAGAACAUCGCAAUGUUCCUGCCCAGAAAUUCAAAUACUCAGCAGCUCUCAACGCUCGCUGGACCAGGAGGAGCUGUGGAGAUCGAACAGAAUUUCUUGGAUAGGAAAUUCAUUGCAUUGACUGCGUACUAUGGUGAAUUAAUAAACGAAUAAAUGUUUAGGGCAAAAGUGGCACUCAAAGACACAAUUUAUAAGUUUUUUUUUUAGAAAAAUAACUAUGAUUUUUCAGCUGUAGAUGAAAAAUUCAGUUUUGAGGAAGAAACCUACAAGAUGAACUUGUUAGUCAAUAUCAAUCUUUUCAAUUUUAUGUAAAUUUUUAUUUAAAUAAAUUUCUUACGAUUUUUUGCGAA